AUGGCGUCACCCAAUGGAAUAAAUACCGGCCAUGGGUCCGCACAGGAGACAAGUCAGUCUUCAGUCUCAUCCGAGUUGGACCUGCCUUCUGUGGAUCAAGUUCUAUCAGGCCUACCUGAUAUAUCCAGCAUACUCCCUGUCCAGGACACCACAGUGGACCAAAAAGAUCAAGAAGCUAUGUUCCGUGCUUUGAAGAAAAUCGUUGAACAUGCCGAGCAGACGAACGAGGUGGGCAACAGCUUUGACCUGAAAGAGCUCCAUGCUUCCCUAGGACAGGCAGAGGAGGAGGCACGUCUAGGCCGACGAGAUGCCACGGCAUUAGAGAGUGUACACACAACUCUAAUUCAGCUAUGGUCAUGCAACUCCAAUUUCAUGGCUCAAGCGGCCGAGGUUCUGGCCAACGGGAGUCGAGACCCAUCAUGGAGAGCUCCAAUUGGCCAGUCUGGCAUCCUUAAAUUUUUCUUGGAUGUAGUUUCAUCGAGACAGGAGCUCGAGCAAGGAUUGUUGCUGCAUUCCCUGCGUUUAGUUGGCAACUCCUGUGCCGACACUGACGCGAACAGGGAAAUUGUCGUCAAGGGAAAUUACACACUCGCUAUAAUCCGGCAUUUCCUCAACCCGGAAUUGAUUAUGGUGGCGAUCCCUGUGAUCUAUAACAUCUGCAUGGAUUAUGAGCCUGCACAUGCCCAAAUGGCGGAAAACCGGGCAGCAUAUAUCAUACUGAGACUGCUUAAAGAUGGUACUAUUGGAGACAAUGAGGCUCUGCUAGGAUUUGCAUAUGAACUUGUUGAAUUGGCCUCUGAACAAGCACAAGGCGUUGAAAACUCGCCCGAUGGAACGAUCCUGCUCCUGAUGGAACUUGCUUUGAACGAAGAUACAUCCUUUGAGCAAUACGCGUCUUUGGUUAACUGCCUUUCCACAUAUCUGGAAAAAGAACGAUUCCAAAAUGCCUGCAUAUACAACAACAUGGUAGAGAUGCUGCUCUCUGUUCUGAAGCGGUCUAUUACCAUCGAAAUCGAUAACUCUUCCAAGGAAGAUGUUCAAGCUCUUGCCCAGUCGCGGAUUAAGGCAAACCAAGCUUUAUCGGAAGUCUCGGCCUCCCCACUAUUUGCAGAGCACUACCCCCUUGACUCCAACCUAUCAAAGACCCUCAAAUCAUGGAUCAUGGCGGAAGAGGAACAGCUUCAGAUCUGUGCUUGUGUGAUGCUAGGAAACCUGGCUCGAUCCGAUGAGGUCUGCAAAACGAUGGUCCGGGAACUGAAGAUCCACGAGGAGUUGAUCGCUGUUUUGAACAGCGAUGCCCGAGGUUCUGUCUUGCACUCUGCCCUUGGGUUCCUCAAGAACCUGGCCAUUGCUGGUGAUAAUCGGGUCAGCUUGGCAGAAGCUGGAAUCAUCCCCGCCGUAUCACACUUGUGGGCCUUUGAUUCCGUGCCACAGGUACAGUUCUCCGCCGCGACGAUCGCCCGCCAGGUCAUAAUUUCGUCACCGGAGAACAUUGCCAGAUUGCUCUCCCCACUCUCAGAUGAUCCCGAUUCUCCAGCAAACCAAAAGACAUAUUUGUCAUUGCUUCUCGUUCUCUUCGAGAAGUCCGAUUCUGCACCUAUCAAGACUGAGAUCGGGCGUAGUAUUGCUUCUAUCUGCCGGACUCUUACACCCAAAGCUCGUGAAGGAGACGAGCAAGCGAGUACCCUAUUGAACAGUUUGUAUGAUUUGCACCCUGGUGUUGCCCGCCCACUCGGUGCAAUGAUCACACAAACUCAGUGGCCUGUUGUUCGGAGCGAAGGCUGGUUUGCGUUGGCGUUGAUGGCGAACAACAAAUCUGGUUGUAUGGCGGUGGCAGACUGUUUGCAAAGUGAAGAAGUGUUGGAGCUACUCAAGAAGACUCUCAGCAUGAGCACUGAGUCAUCCGAUGAAGAUAUCGAAAAGAAAGAUCCGUCUCAAGUAACUAAAGACCGAGACAAUGUCUUUGUUCUUGUGCAAGAGUUGUUGAAGAAUGAGUCUGGAGCGCUCCCAGAAGGUUACCGAAGCAUUAUGGAAGAUUUGGUCAAUGAGCAUGCUCCGCAGUUGAAAAGUAGCUCUGUCUAG